UUGACGCCCAUUCAUCUGCACAAUUCCUCUUUUUCCUCCCCAGAAAUGGUCCAGAAUUUGAAGCUCGUAUUCGUCAGAAUGAAAUAAACAACCCGAAGUUCAAUUUCUUGAACCCCAACGAUCCUUACCAUGCAUACUACCGGCACAAAGUCAGCGAGUUCAAAGAGGGAAAAGCCCAGGAGCCCUUGGCUGCUAUUCCCAAGGUCAUGCAACAGCAGCAAAGUGCUCCGCAGCAGCUUUCACAGAAGGGCAGUGUGCGGGCCCAGGUGAUCCAGGAGACAGUUGUUCUGAAAGAGCCGCCUCCGGAGUUUGAAUUCAUUGCCAAUCCUCCCUCCAUCUCGGCCUUCGACUUGGAUGUGGUGAAGCUCACGGUGCAGUUUGUGGCUUGCAACGGGCGGCAGUUCCUGACGCAGCUGAUGCAGAAGGAGCAGAGGAACUAUCAGUUUGACUUCCUCCGCCCCCAGCACAGUCUCUUCAACUACUUCACGAAGCUGGUUGAACAGUACACAAAGAUCUUGAUCCCACCGAAAGGCUUACUCCUCAAACUCAAGAAAGAGGCUGAAAAUCCCAAGGAAGUCCUAGAUCAGGUGUAUUACAGGGUGGAGUGGGCAAAGUUCCAGGAGUGAGAGAGAAAGAAGGAAGAGGAGGAGAAGGAAAAGGAGCGUGUUGCUUACGCCCAGAUUGACUGGCAUGACUUUGUGGUCGUGGAAGCAGUUGACUUCCAGCCCAACGAGCAAGGGAAUUUCCCUCCUCCCACCAGUCCCGAAGAGCUGGGAGCUUGAAUCCUGAUCCAGGAGCGUUACGAGAAGUUUGGGGAAAGUGAGGAGGUAGAGAUGGAGGUGGAGUCAGAGGAGGAGGAUGAAAAGCAAGAGAAAACAGACGAGCCCCCACCCCAGCCGGAUCAAGACACACAAGUGCAGGAUAUGGAUGAGGGCUCAGAUGAUGAAGAUGAAAGUCAGAAGGUUCCUCUUCCUCCAGAAACCCCGAUGCCACCAACUCUUCCUCCCACGCCAGAUCAGGUCAUUGUGCGGAAAGAUUACGAUCCCAAAG